UAAUUGUCAAAACCAGAUCAAUUCACCAUAUGUAAUCAGAACAGCCUUUAUGGCUGGGCAUGAGAUGGUGCUAUUUUCAUUUCUGCAUGUGCACGCAGGCAUGCAGGCAAGCAUCAUAUGCAGCAGGGGCAGCCUCAUGACCACAGAUCCUACCACUGUGCCCUGUGAAUCGUUUUGUUUAAGCUGUAUAACAGGAAGCUCCAACAACUUGAGGAUAUAAAAGAGAUCAUCUGUGAGCGAAUCGCUGUGAAGACCCACAAAUGUGACAGUUGCAUUCAAGGGACCGGGUUCUCUUAACCUCAGUGCCGUCAAGCUGGCUCUCGUCCUUUGUCUUAGGUACCAUGAGUGUGUGUGGAUAUCUCAGGGAUUGAAGUAGCUGAUUUUUUUGUUUUGUUUUUUUUAUGUGCGCAUCGUAUUUCAGACAACACAAUGGCAACACCAAAGAACCAGGAGAGGAGGCCAUUCACCCUGGAAGUGGAUGACAGGAGCGACGAAGAGCGUGCUCAGAGCAAAGAGCAGGACAAAAAGGAUCACUGGACCUCAGCAUUUGGUGUGGGUUCGUCCAAAAAGGAAAGGAGCCCUAUGGACUCUGAAUAUCAAGAGGACCUUGGAGAGCCCUCCUCACAGAUUAAAAUCAACAGGAAUUUCAUGAAGGGGAUGAGAGGAAUAACAGGUGAAGCUGCCCAAGACAAGGACAGAUUUGACAUGAAAAGGCUCUUUUCAGCAGUUUCUAGUGGAGAGGUUGCUCAGCUCGAAGGACUGGAGCAGUACCUGCAGCGGGCCAUGAAGCACCUGUCUGACUCUGAAUAUCAUUCCAAGGGAAAGACUGCUCUACUCAAGGCUCUCCUAAAUCUAACAGAUGGCAGAAAUGACACUGUGAAAUUGCUCCUUGAUAUUGCGGAGAAGAUGGGUGAUUUAAAGGAAUUCGUCAAUGCAGCGUAUACAGACAUUUAUUACAAAGGCCAGACAGCCCUUCAUGUAGCCAUUGAGAGAAGGAGUCAACACUUUGUUGAGCUUCUAGUUCAGAAAGGAGCUGAUGUCCAUGCCAAAGCCCAUGGGAAGUUCUUCCAGCUGCAUGAUGGACCCUGCUUCUAUUUUGGAGAGCUUCCACUUUCGCUGGCAGCCUGCACCAACCAGAAAGACAUAGUUGACUUUCUGUUGGACCAGAAUGCAGAUGUGCGGGAGACAGACUCUCAGGGCAACAUAGUACUCCAUGCCCUGGUGAUGGUAGCAGAUAACAGCCCUGAAAAUACAGAUUUUAUUAUUAAGAUGUAUGACCACAUCCUCACCAGAGCUGCCCAGCUUCACCCAAAAGUCAAACUGGAGGAGAUUGAGAACGAGCAGGGCCUCACUCCAAUUAAACUAGCAGCCAAGAAAGGCAAGAUUGAGAUGUUUAAACACAUGUUGCAUCGAGAGUUCCAGGAUAAGGAGACCAGACAUCUUUCCAGAAAGUUCACGGAGUGGGCCUAUGGGCCGGUUUACUCCUCACUGUAUGACUUGUCAUCACUGGACUCCUAUGAGGAAAAGUCUGUUCUGGAGAUAGUCGUUUACGGCACUGAAAUCCCGAAUCGUCUGGAGAUGCUUCAGGUGGAACCACUGAGUCAUCUGCUGGAGGAGAAGUGGAAGAGAUUUGCUAAUCCAAUAUUUAUCUUCACUUUUGUGGUCUAUGUGAUAUACCUCAGUGUCUUCACCACUGUGGCCUAUUUCAGAAAAGAUGGAUCAAAUGGACUGCCACCAUACCCACUGGAGAAUACAGUGGAAGAUUAUUUUCUUGCUUCAGGGCAAAUCAUACUUCUCUUGGGUUCGGUUUAUUUCUUCAUCAAAGGGUUAUUAGAUUUGAAAAGAAAACGUCCAACACUGGAAUCCUUGUAUGUAGAUGGCUUCUGUGAACUCAUUUUUUUUUUCCAGGCAGUGCUUUUCCUGGCCUCCGCGGUGCUCUACUUCUGUAGUAGGAAAGAGUACCUUGGGUGCAUGGUGUUGUGUCUUGCUCUCAGCUGGGUCAACGUGCUCUACUACUCCAGAGGGUCCAAGAACAUGGGCAUCUAUGGAGUCAUGAUACAGAAGAUGAUUCUCGGCGACAUUUUACGUUUCCUUUUUGUCUACAUGGUUUUCCUCCUUGGAUUUUCAGCAGCAAUAGUCACUCUACUGGAUGAACCAGACCACUCAACUACAACUACAACAACAACAACGAGUUUGCCAAAAGCACGUUUUUUUGAAGACAUUGACUCCACCAAUUGCAAAAAGCCAACUUUCAAAAACUUUUACUUCACUACUCUGGAACUGUUCAAGUUCACCAUUGGCAUGGGAGACCUGGAGUUCACUGAUGGGUACCGCUACAAGGAGGUGUUCUAUGUGCUGCUCAUCUCCUACAUCGUCCUCACCUACAUCUUACUCCUCAACAUGCUCAUCGCCCUCAUGAACAAAACAGUGGAGAAGACCUCCGAGGAAAGCACAAACAUCUGGAGACUACAGAGGGCCAUUACCAUCCUAGAUAUAGAAAGACGUCUACCACAGUGUUUGAAGCGCAGACUUCGCUCUGGAGUGGAGAAAGACCUGGGCAAUAGCAAUGGAGCGGACCGUCGCUGGUGCUUCAGAGUGGAGGAAGUCAAUUGGAUCAAGUGGAAUACCUGCUUGGGUAUAAUCCAUGAAGAUCCUGGGAUUCAAGACUUCAGAAUAUCAUCACCUCCACCUAGCAGACCUGGGGCAGAGAGAAGCUGGCGAGGCUUUCUGAGGGACUUCAGUCAGCGCCGGCCUCAUCAAAGGCAACAGCAAGCACAAGAGAUGAACCUUCUCUCAGUCAGCCACGCUUGAUCAAAUGACUACUGUUCUCCAAUCAAUAGUUCUCCAUGACACUGUUUAUCAAAGACUUUCAAAGAUUUCAACUUUGUAAGAUUUUAAAUGAGAUUAUAUUAGAUUCAGUUUAUUGUUAUUGUGCAGAGUACAAGUACAGAGGCAAUACAAUGCAGUCGUCAUCUAACAAGAGGUGUAAAAUAACAGAAUUAUGUAUAGAAGGUGCAGUUAUAUAGACUUAUAUAGAGUGCUACAGCAUGUCUGGUGUGUUAACAUUAACAUCCUACAGUAUGAAUGGUUGGAUGUGUACAGUUAGGUUGUGUGUACAGUACAGUAUGUAAACUACAGUACAUAUGCAGUGUGUGGAAUUGUAAAAUGACUAGAUUAUCUGGACAGUGUUAGAGGUUCAGUCUAUGCAGGAUAAUGGGGCCACUACGGGUCAGAAUGGUAGGUUGUAUGAGCAGUAUUAACACAGAAUCAGAGCAAUGGGAGAGGUUCAGCCUGUGAAGAAAAAUAAGAGGUUUGGUUUAAAAACGCUGUAUCUCCAUUUUUAAAAACAUUUAUUUAACAUUUAAGUCUUGUUAUUUAAUUGUGUAUUUCAGGUAAUAUCAAUAAAAAUGUAAAGAUAAAUCAAAUUGUAAUACCCAAUUACAGUCCUAAUGAAUUUACUUGAAAAACAAAAUGUGAACUAGUUUACAUUCGACAACCUAGGAGGGGUCUGACGCAUUAUCUAAACAUCGCUAUCGUACACUACCUAAAAUAC